AUGAAAUCAACUGCAGGGGCUUGGAACAAUAUUGCAAAUAUCGAAAAGGAACUAGUCAAAAUGGGCAUCCCUACCACCGAUGUCAUAAAAAAGCAUGAGGUGUCAAACAGAAACUCUUGGACCUGCAGCCUCACGGGUGAUGGGAGUUACCAGGUGUGUGCACUUAGACAGGUGCUUGACGUAAACAACAGUAUAGAUGAAAGAAAACUCUGGUGGAUUAAAGAAGUACCGAUCAAAGUGACAUGCUUUGUGUGGAGGGCAAAGUUAGGACGAAUCCCCACUACCUCGGCUCUAUCCACUCGAGGUAUCAGUCUUCCCUCUACAUCUUGCUGCCAAUGUGGACAUAAUGAUGAAAAUGACAUCCAUGUAUUGGUGCAAUGCCCAUUCGCAAAAACUGUUCUGAAAGAGAUAUUUCACUGGUGUCAAAUAGUAUUGGUUGACUUUCAGUCGGUAAACGAGGUUCUAGAUUAUGCUUCAAACUGGGGAAAUUGCCCAAAAAAGAAGAGGAGACUAAUGGCCAUACGUUAUGGGACUUUAUGGUCUAUAUGGAAGACAAGAAAUGAAAGAGUAUUCAACAACAGAAAGAUGUGUGCCACGAAAGUUGUUGAUAUCAUUAUAUUAUCGACUUUCUUAUGGUUCAAGGAUAGAAAUGGAAAAAUGAUGUCAUAUGGCCAAAAUGGAUUUCAUAUCCAUUUAGCAGCAUGUAAUGAGGGGUUUAAAGCACUCCAUCUCAUUGCAAUUCUCCAUUUCUUGAGUUGUUUGGAAAAAUUCUCCGUAAUUAUCGAAAUCGAACUGUACAGUUACGUGUUACAUACGAAUCAAUCGGAUCAAUCAAUUUCUCUUCGGACAGCAGACACAAUUGGUGCGUGA